UGAUGAGCCUGAGUGUGCGUGCAUUGUAUAACAUAAUCCUUAUCUCUCUCUCUUUCUCUUUUUCUCUCUCUCUUACCUGACUCAUCAUCAUCACACCACACAACUCCAACACCUCAAAUCCACUCUCUCUCUCGAGCUCUGAAAUCACAAUCCAUGGCUUCCAUGGCUGCUCCCACUCAUCAUAACCUCACCUUCCCUAACCCCAUUUUCUCAUCUCCUCUCAGAAAACCUUCCUCCUCCUCCUACUACUACUCUUCUCCAUUUUCCUCUCAUUCUCAUUCCCACUCUCUCUCUAGGGUUCCUGAUUCCGCCUUCUGCCGAUGUAACAGCUCCUCCUCAUCGUCAUCUUCGUCUUCUUCUUCUUCUGACUCGCAGUGGAGAUGGGAUUCGGCUCUCGCUGAUGUCAUCAGAACCGCACUUAAGCGAUUCGAUUCCUAUUUUAAUUCGAAUUCAGCUGAUGAUGGUUCUUCCGGUGUUUUUGACUCUGAUGGUUCACGGAAUCAAUCUCAAGUACCGGAGUGGGAUUGGGAUCGGUGGCGUCAGCAUUUUGGGGAGGUCGACGAGCAAGAACGAUUGGUCUCCGUCUUGAAGUCUCAAUUGGGUCAAGCAAUACAUAUGGAAGAUUUUGAAGGUGCUGCGAGGCUCAAGGUGGCAAUUGCAGCAGCAGCAACAAACGACGUUGUUGGCAGAGUGAUGUAUAAGCUGAAUAGAGCUAUAGAGGAAGAACAGUACGGGGAUGCGGCCUUUGUAAGAGAUAAUGCUGGUGCUGGAUUGGUUGGAUGGUGGGCUGGCAUGUCGAAAGACACCAAUGAUCCUCAUGGUCUAAUCAUUCGAAUAACUGCAGAGCAUGGGAGAUAUGUGGCAAGAAGUUAUAGUCCUCGGCAACUUGCUACCGCUGCAGCUGGUAAUCCCCUGUUCGAAAUUUUUUUAACAGUGAAUAGGAGGGGCGAAUACAGACAGCAGGCUGUGUAUCUAAAGCGAGGAGGUUCUUAUAAAGAUAUUUCACUUUCUUCGAAAGUAUCAGAUUCUAUCAGUAACAUGGAUCCAUUAGAUUCAGCUGAUGGCAAAAGUGAUCUGCUUGUUUCUGUUAAUGAAGAUGUUGAAGAUGAAGACGACAAUGAUAGGGAUGAUCUUUCUGAUUCAGCCCAGGGAUUUUCUGGUUUUCAAGAUAUUUUGAAAGAUAUGAUUCCUGGUGUCAAGGUGAAGGUUUUGAAAGUCACAGCACCUGGGAAGGUUGAUAAGGAUCUUAUCUCUAAAGUUAUCGAACAGAUAAUAGAAGAAGAUGAUGAAGAGAAGGAUGAUGAUAUGGAAAGUUUAGAAGCAGAGGAUGACUUUCAGAGUGAGAGUGAUGAAGAGAAAGAUGUGAUUGAAUUGGAGGCAAGUCCUGGAAUUACUGAAAGUGAAGAGCGGAGUGAAAUUGCAUUUAAGGUUGUCGUUGGCGGUCUUAUGCAAAAAAUGUCAAGUGGCAUGUCUACUAGAGAAAUGCUACGGGUUCCUGCUAAGCUAGAGAAAAAUGGAAGGUCAUCAUUUUCUUUCUCUAUAGAGAAAGACACCAAUCAGGAUUCUUAUGACAAGGAACAGGCUCUGUUGCAGAAAAAAUCUAAACUUAAAGGUCGACUUAACAUUGAUAAUGUUAUGUUUGAUCUAACUAAGUUUAUUGGUAAAGAGAAAAUACCACUGAAGGUGCUCAAAGAUGUUGGUGAGCUGAUAAGUCUCACUCUGACUCAAGCUCAAAACCGUCAACCACUGUCGGAAUCGACAACUUUCAACCGCAUUAAGUUACCAAAUUCUUCAGAUCCUCUAAAUGGACUCUACAUUGGUGCGCAUGGGCUGUACACCUCUGAAGUUAUUCACCUGCAACGAAAAUUUGGUCAAUGGAAAGAUGAUAGUGGGAAAUCAGAGCCUUCAAAUCUUGAGUUCUAUGAAUACGUAGAAGCUUUAAAAAUAACUGGGGAUCCUUAUGUACCAGCCGGUCAGGUUGCCUUCCGUGCAAAAAUUGGUACAAGAUACCAACUUCCUCAUAAAGGGAUUAUUCCAGAAGAGUUCGGAGUGAUUGCUCGAUACAAAGGACAAGGAAGACUUGCUGCACCAGGAUUUCGUAAUCCUCGAUGGGUUGAUGGUGAACUUGUUAUUCUUGAUGGAAAGUACAUAAAAGGUGGGCCUGUUGUAGGGUUCGUGUAUUGGGCCCCCGAGUAUCAUUUCUUGGUGUUCUUUAAUCGGCUGAGGCUUCAAGAGUAGAUUUCUCAUUGUACAUAACAUUCAAAGUCAUUGUUUUGGUUCAAUAAAGUAGGUACAUAAAAUGUGUUUAUUUCCAGAACACAAUUUCCCCGAUUUAAAGGAGUGGAGAAAUCUGGAAAUGUAGAGCUAUGUAUAAUGAAAUUCUGCUUUGCUUGCUCAGCUGACUGGUGCGGCACACUUGGUUGACUCAACAACAAGGAGAGUUGUAGUAGUAAGUAACCAAUGGAAGCUUUGGAAUGCACAAAUCAUACUUGGCUUUUACAAUUUACCUUUUUAAUCACACACAUGUAUGUAUGCAACUUUUUCAUGUAUUACCACCACUUUCUUUUCUUUUUGAAGUUGAAAUUUUACUUGCAGUAGCCUAUUUUCAUAGGUUGUAACUUCUUAGCACUUCCAUUGUUCCGAUUGGUAAGAACGGAAUUUGUGAAUUACCGGAGGAGAACUGGAUAGUCUUAUCUCUGUAAAUAAAUAGCCUUUCUAUAAUAUGGGUUCUUAAAAUAUU